CCAUCUUGUCCUGAAAGCAGACGUGUUCAUGAAACUGUAUCCAUGGCUUUCAUUUACAUUUCCCUUCUCUGCUUGCUGACUCUGGCCUCAUCCGCCGAGAUCGAGGUCGACGAUCAACCUCGUGUCAUUCGUGCCGGGGUGAAUUUCGCGUCCCGAAAUUACACCUCCAUCCUUACAGUGCCCAAUGGAGAGAAAUUCGGGAUCUGGAUGUGGUCCGAGAUGUGUCCUGUCAACUUCUAUGCCACGGGAUUCAGCCUGAGGGUCGAGCCUAACCAGUAUGGAAAUGAUGACACGGCUCUGAACGGAAUCCGUCUCUUCUGCGUCCAGAAUGAUGACCGUCGCUUCGUCUACAGUGUGGAGUCCCAUACUGGACAUUUUGGUGAGUGGACAGACCCUCAGUGGUGCCCAACUGGUACCUUGAGCUCCUUCCAGCUCCGUGUCGAGCCACACCUGGGCAUCUUUGGCGACGACACGACCGCCAACAACAUCCGUUUUCGCUGCAGCAGCAACCCGACAGUGGAGGGUCGCGGCAUGUCCUGGGGCGAGUACGGAGACUGGAGUGACGUUUGUCAUAACGGGGGCAUCUGCGGCAUCCAGACCAAGAUGGAGCUGUACCAGGGCGCUCUGGACGACUCGUCCCUCAACAACGUGCGCUUCCACUGCUGCACCAAUAACCAGCAGUGAGAUCGGAUCAGAGUAAAAUUGGAAAAAAAAUCAUAUCCAAUGUCUAAACGCAUUGAAAGGUGAUAAAAUGAUGAGCAGAGCAACAAUUCUCAUUAUUCUCAUACAUUUCAAAAUGCUCUUUGACAUUGACAACACAUCUGACACAUCGACAACAAUCCGACGAUCUCCAGUAUUAAUGAAUCAGAAUUAGUUGAUUUGAUGUAAACAUUAAAUCGUAUCUUUCGCUCCA